UAUAGGCUUGUUUGCCCAUCGAGAUUAAAAUGCGCCUGAAGAUGAGUUGUAUGUUGUUGGCAACUGGUCUAAAGUUAGUCUUAUUUUAAUAUGUUGGGAUAGGUAAUUAUUUGUAUAUGUAAUGAGGUUGCUCCAAGUACUAUGCACUAGUAUAAAACGAUUGUAUUACGAAAUAAUAUACGGUGCACAUCGCAAAAUAAAUGUAAUAUUCAAGUAGAAAAACAUUUCUAGGCCGAUCCCCACCAAAAAGAUCUGUCUACGCCCCUGCCUGGAUCUACUGUACAUUUCUACGCUUUUAACAUAGUGUUUUCAAUUUACAUAUGUGACACACGUUGACCAAGAUUGUUACUUUGUGCAUGUUCAUUUCUACAGGUAUUAUUAUUAUUCAACAGUUCGCACCUGGGUUUUUGAAUCCACAGCCUCUUGGUUCUCGGUACUUCAAUCUGUCCACUACACCACCAUGCCCGUGUCAAUAGCGGUUAUCGGUUAAUCUGACUAUUCUCAGCAUUGAUUUUUUUUUUUCAGCAAGUUAGGGCUUUCUGUAUAGUUGUCUAAUGUUUGUGGGGCGUGUUAACCUGUUUUAAUGUGUGUGGGGCGUGUUAACCUGUUUUAAAGAUACUCAUGAACAAUGGUGAAUGUAUAACUAAUUUCUUCCCUGUACAGGACCUCCACAUUUUUGUAUGUGCCUAAUCAUAUAGUAUCUUAAUUCAAUAUGAUCUCUGUGGAAAUAGUCAUAAAGAUGUGUCAUUUAACUUUUCAAAUGUAGACCUAAUAAGUGUUUAUUCUGUCAUAAACUCUACCAGUUAUGACAGCGGCUGAUUGCACGCAUGUUGCUGAAAUAUGAGAGGUUGCUGAAGAGCAUCGUCAUAACUGGUAUGAGGGGCUCGUUAUACUAGCUAUGUUCCUGGAACUGUCACACGUCUUCACACUGUAUAUUCAGAGCUCUGUUGUGUGACACUCCGAGGACACCGUUAGUGACAGCAGGAGGAGGCAUAGGAAUUCAUCGUAACUCGAGGAUGGACGACAGGAGUCUAGCACUUGUGGCUCUUUACAUUGGACUAAAUAUUUGCACUGCUACAGAAUUCCCUCUCAGCCCGAGCCAGCCUCAGUGUGUCUUUAUUGCCUACUCCAACGUGACCUGCUACUGGACACCUGGACAAAGCUCUCCCUCAGACACGCGCUUCACACUGCAGGUCAACAUAACCGGAUGCGAUGACCCUGUGAUCCAUCAGUCCCAACUGUGUCAGACUGUUACCCAGACCCACUGCUCUGUUAACGUGACCUAUCUGAGCCGCUGCUACUGCAUCAGGGUCCUGGCCGACAGCCCUUACACAACAGCCAGCUCACCCAGCCUCUGCCUCAAUGCCAUAGACGCAGUGAAGCUGCCCACCCCUGUCCUCUCCAAUGUGUCAGCAGUGAGAGGCAAACCCAGAUGCCUGAAGCUGCAGUGGACUACCAAUACCAGCUUCCCGGUGACCAGAAAACAUAUCUCCAAUGGUGCUCUGGUCUUCCAGGUGCAGUACAGCACAGAGGAGCAGCCUGAGCCCAAGACAGUGAAGGUGGACCUGAGACCUGAGAGAGAGCAGCGUCUCUUUUCUGCCUCCACGUGUCUCUUCUCCGCCUCCACUCUAUAUACAGUGAUGAUGCGUUACCGAUACAAUAGUACCCUCAGCCACUGGAGCGACUGGAGCCCAACACAACAGCAGUGUACAGAGGUGGCAGCACCCUCUAGUGUCCCUCAGCUAUGGAGGACCGUUCAGCUUGUAGGUGGAGCAGACCUGAGACGAGUGACUCUGCUGUGGAAGUCCCCACCCAGGAGUCAAGUGAAAUGCUCAGUCCCAUGGUUUAACGUAUCCUGCUGUACUGAGGGUUCCCAGAAUGCACUGCAUACAUGGGACUGCAAUGCCCUGAGUGUGUCCGACACUUCCUGUCAUCUGACCCUUCCCCCUGAGCGCUGCUCCUGCACACUGAGCAUGUCGAACCCUGCCGGCAUCUCUCCUCCAGCUACCAUCACAAUCCCCAGCACCACGGACACAGCACCCAAGGCUCUGGUGGAUGUCAGUGUCACAGCAUUGGAUGAUUUCAGACUGGAGGUACAAUGGACAGCUCUAGAGUCCCCAUCACUAAGCAGCUUCCUGGUGGAGUGGUGGGCUUUAUCUGAGACAGCUAGCUAUACUCCAUACUGGCAAAGACUGAGCCACAAUGCAAGCAAAAUUAUAAUCACAGAGGGCGUGUGGCCGAAACUGUGCUACAAAGUGACUGUGAGGCCUGAGUAUGAUGCAGAGACUGGGGAGGAGCUGUCAGUAGAAGCCUACACCAGGCAAGAAGCUCCCUCUGCUGGCCCCAAGCCAGUGGUGCAGGAGCUGAGCAGCAGUGCUGUUGUCCUGCAGUGGGAUCCUGUUCCUCUGGAGCAGAGGCAUGGCUUCAUCCGCUACUACACCCUCCACAUCCAGAGUGAAGAAGAAACUCCAGAGGUUGUAGUGGUGCCAGGAGACAGCCUGAGGUACCAGUUGAGUGGUUUGUCUGGACUGUACAGGAUCCACAUGGUGGCUCACACUGAUGCAGGAGGGAGUCCUCCUGGUCCAAUGCUUGAUGUGGCUGUAGGGGGCGUUGUUUUGGUGGACACCAUCCUGUGGUGUUGCAUUCCUACAGUGCUCACCGUCAUGAUACUGCUGAACUGCCUACAGUGGAGACAGAGGAUGAAGCAGAAUCUCUGGCCUACGGUCCCUGACCCUGCACAUAGUAGCCUGUCCACCUGGAACACAGAGACUAAAUACACCACAGUCGUUUUCACUGGGGGGGGGGGGUGA